AUGUCAUCAGAGGCUUUGCCCUUUGGUGUCUUCUCUCCCCCACAGAAUUCCUACGAAUGGAAGAAAGCCCUCCUCAAUGUGAAAUGGCUAUGUUUCAACCAGCAAUACAAGCAAUGUGCCCUGCGUUGCAAUCAGCUCAUAGACACCGCGUCUAGUCCGCUCCAUCCGAUCCGUGCGACCUAUCUCCACUAUUAUGCAGCCACCUCAUAUGAGUAUAUGGGACGAGCAGCUCAUAUAUUUUCGACUGUGAAGGUCCCGCUUCUGACUUCUGCUAUGGAGCGUUUUCAGAUUGCCUAUGAGUCUUUGCCAGCUAUGAUCCCACCGCCUGUUCUGUAUCCCAACCAGACCUACUCGCCAGUUACUUUUCUCCAUUCGCCCAACUCGUCUCCUCGGUCUUCCUUGACUACUCUUGUGUGGAGCCCUGAGAUUUUGCCGACACAUUGUGUCUCUUCUGGUUCUGGUCAUGGUCCAAAUGCUGAAGCUCUGUCAGUUCAGAAUCUGUCGGCUCAUAAUGCUAGGCUGGCUCGCACGCCUCCUUCGCCAGACCCUUCUCCCUCUUCCCCUUCAAACUCGUCUAUCACCACUGCUUUUUGUGUGACGCCACCUCCUUCUGCUCGAGAAGUCUCGCGUUUUGACUACGGAGCUCCUCCUCCAGCUUUUCAUAUCCCACCUCCGACCCGUGAACCCCCUCCUCCACCACGCGGCGUUCCUGUUCGCACAGCUACGAGGGACCAGUUGCUCUCUUUUAAUAGUGCCAGAGAGGGGCUUCCCAACGGGGGGUCUAUCGUCCGUAGCAUUGCUCGGAUGAUUGAUAACUCUAUUAUUGCGGGAGCCGACGACCGUUUUGUGACCCGCGCGCCGCCCAAAUCUCGCUCUUUAAAGCGGCCGCCAGUGCGUCUGUCUCCGAUCAAGUUCCCAGCUGGACUUGAGGAUCCAGCAAAGCGUCGCGAUCUCAUUCCAUCCCCGCUUGCAAUCCGGAAGAGCUCCGGUGAGGUGCAGAGGUGCAGCAGUUCUGCAACGGCAAUCUGCGGGGGUUCAGAGCAAGAAAUAUCUUGGAAUGAGGUGAAUCGACCGGUCCGAGCUCGCCCUCCCCGGCUGCCCUUGAAGAUAAUCCCAUCCAGCCGUCUGAAUGCUAACACAGAGGAGACGAACUCUUCGAUCCUAGCACCACAACCGAAGCGUCUUAGUCCCGUCCUUCCUUCGCCCGUGACCCUGUCUCCAUCGACGCCCACCCCGCUUCCGAGGAAGAAGAUCACCUCCCUCGGCUCGCCGUUCGCCAGCCCCGCAGGCUCACCAGAGCAGAGAAGCAGCAAGUUGCCCUCGUUGCAGUCGAGGAAGGCCUCCCCCGUACCUGUCAGCGCCGAGCGUGCCGCCCAGAUCAAUGAGUUCAACGACGCCGUUAAGUGGCUCCGUGAGCACAUUCCCGCCGACGUUACCGGGCUCCGCAAGCAGAUCAAGCAUGUUUCGGACCUUCAGCAGGCCCGUCGGUCUCGCAACACGACAAUGGCUCGAUCUGCCUCCUUCUGGACUUUUUCUCCCGUUAAGCCGAAACCCGGUUCUGGUGCAUCCAAGGAACCUCCUGUGAUUGAGGGGCCUAAUAUUGAUGAGUAUGGAAAUGUUAUUCGGGUUGAGACUAAGGCGCAGCGCAUCGAGCGGCUCAGGAAGGAGGAUUGGAGGAUUGGUAUUCGGUCAAAGCAUAGUCCCUGGAAAGGGACUGAUUACUACGAUAAGCUUUGCGAAGUUGCUUUGGCGGAGCUUGGUGAGACAGGUUAUGGAUCUCGCGAAUGGCUGCAGCGGUGA